UCAGUCGCAGCCUGACCGCUUUGCUGAACAGCUGAAGUUAAGGAGCCGAAGAGCGCAGCUGCCUGGACAGCUCUAUUAUUGCUAGCGCCUAUUUCUCUUUCUGGGUUGAAAAGCGUCGCGUCGCGCCCUCCCUGAGCCCGAAGGGUUGGAGAAACGGACGCCAGAGAGAGAGAGCGACAUGGGAGCCGGGAGCUCUACGGAACCGCGGAGCCCGCAGGAUGAGACCACCGCAGCGGGAGAUUCCCAGCCCGGGAGCCCGGGAGGGCGGACGCCAACGGAAGGCGCGGCCGAGGCUGGAGAGCCGGAGGACCCCUCCAAGAUUUUACAUAAAAAUGGACAGAUAUCCAGCAUUAGUGAAAUUACCAAAGAGCACAUGGAGCUCAGCCAUGAACCAGAAGUGCUGAAAGAACAGCAGGCAGUUCUUACAUUAGAAGUUGAUGAAACAAGCGCUGCAAAUUUAAUUCUGGAAGAGGAAUUGACUGAAAAUAUCAAGACCAGUCCACCAGAAUUAAACGACAAGGUCAAUGAAGAUGAGGUACAGAAAGACACAGAAGAUGCUAAUAAACAGCUGGAAUCAGAAGAAAAAGAAGAUCAACCUAGUGUAUCUCCAUCAAAUGAUGUUGGAUUUAAAAAGGUUUUUAAAUAGUUGGAUUCAAAUUUUACAGUUAAGAAGGAUAAAACAGAGAAAGCUGAACCUGUUCAGCUAUUGGAUGUAAAGACAGAGGUUGCAGAAGGGAUCAGGACAGUGGGAGAAGCCACACAAAAUGAAAUAACUGCCUCUGUAGACAAGAUUGUGGAAGAAACUCAGGCUGAGGAGAUGGAACGAGAAACCACCUCUGAGAAAGUAACAGAAACCCCUGUUGACCAAAGCAAAGAGGCAGAAAUUAAAAACAAUGGGAUUAAAUCUCCAGAAUCUCCGGUGAGCCCAUUAAACAAUGAAACUGCAUCACCUCUAAGGAAGUUUUUUAGUCAGAGUUGGGCUGGGUUUAGAAAAAGGACAAGCUUCAGAAAAUCUAGAGAAGAAGUGCAAUUUGAGAAAGAAAAACAAGAACAGGUGGAGAAAGAAGUGUCAACAGAAAUAAUAAUUAUUGAAGAAGAAUUAGAAAAAGAAAAACUGACAUCAGAAAACAUGGGACAGAAGUUUCUUGCCAAGCCAGUGAUGAAAAAAUGGAAAGUGAGGAAGAGAGAAAAGAAGAAACAAAAUGGUCGAAGCUCAACAGAAACUGACUUGAAACAAGCUACCACUCCCAGUGAGCAGCCUUCAGCAGAAGAACCGACUGAAAAUAUAAAUAAAGACAUUUCUUUGGAAGACAGUGAUGAAAAAAUGGAAAGCGAGAAAAAGAGGAAACUCUCAUCAGAAACCGAUCUGAAAGAAGCUGCUACUCCCAGGGAGCAACCGCCAGCAGAAGAACUGGAUGAAAAUAUAAAGAAAUGGAUAAAAAUAAACCAACUGGAUUCACUGUCUCCAGUAGCAAUAGAAAAGCCUGAGGAACCUUUUGAAAUAAUCGAAGAAAAAUCAGAACCAAGGGCUCCUCUGGCCACAGAGAUUUUUGAUGAAAAACCUAGAGAGAUAAAUAUUGAUGUUAGAGCGGUUGUGACAGAAGAAGAACCCCAAAUAACUAAAAAAGAACAACUAGUUCUUGAACAGCUAGUGGAAACAAAUGAUGACUUUCAGAAAGAACAGCCCACCGUUGAACAGUUAAAAGUCACAGAAACAGUUCUUGAAAUAGCAAAGGCACUUCAUCCAACCGAUCCAAGCAGUCUUGAUGCAGCAGCAGGCAAACCUCCAGAAGGCAUAAUAACAAGUGAGGUAGAAUUGCUGUCAUCUCAAGAAAAAGCCAAGAUGCAAGGCAGCCCUUAAAAGCUUUUCACGGGUCCUGGCUUAAAGAAAUUGUCAAGAAAGAAACAUAAAGGAAAGAAAGAAGCUAAACCAGAGGAAGCAGCAGAAGAAGCACAGCAGUCGUCUGAUACUGCAGAAAGUCCAGAUGACCCAAGGGGGGAGAGUUCUGCUUCUUCUCCUGAAGAAAUAACAGAAUCCAUAGAAAAGUCCUCCGAUGCUGCACAGGUUCCUGAAUCUGAAGAAGGGUUUCCUUCAGAUGCAGAAAAGAAAAGAGAGAGUGUUACACCUUGGGCAUCUUUAAAAAUGGUGACUCCUAAGAAACGGGUUAGGAGACUUUCUGAAGGUGACAGAGAAGAAGAGCUUGAUAAGACAAUCGAAAGUGUACCUAACGAUGAACAGGAAGAUAUUAGAAAUGGUGAGGAACAAAAAAUAGAAAAAAGUGCAGAUGAGCCCAAGAAAAUUGAUACUUCUGUAUCAUGGGAAGCUUUAAUCUGUGUAGGCUCAUCAAAGAGAAGAAGCCGAAAAUCUUCAUCUUCUGAUGAAGAAGCUGGACCAAAACUUGCUCAAGAUGAACAAAAAUUAGAUGAGAGUGCACCAAAUAAAAGCAGUACAUGAUACCAUCUUUACUACUCACAUGAAAGUGAUCAAGGACAAGGAAGUUCUUCGCCAGAACAAGCAGGAAGCCCAUCUGGCAGAGGAAUUUCAACAUGGGAAUCUUUUAAAAGACUAGUAACUCCAAGAAGAAAAUCUAAAACAAGGAUGGAAGAUAAAAAUGAUGAACCCAUCACAAUUCCAAGUUUAGCAGCUACCUUAGAUGGGGAUACUGAAAAAGAAGAAUCCUGGGUUUCAUUUAAAAAAUAAUGCCUGGUCGUAGGAAGAAAAAGUCUGAUGGGAAUACCAGAGCAUGCUCCUGUUCUAGAAGCUGGAGAAGAAAGCAGGAACAAUGAGGAGGACUUUGAUGUUCCAGCUGUGGUUCUAUCAGAGUAUGAUGCUGCUGAGCAAGAGAAAUGUGAAGCUCAACAUGCAGAGCAAGAUGAUCUGGAUAAGGAAAUUCCAAGUCAAAAUAUAGAAAGUAGAAAGUACAUCAAUAACACAAGCAGGUCUGAGGGAUUAGUUCAUGCAGUUGCUGUCUCAGUGCUAGAAGGUGAAGAGAGCAAUUAUAAGUAUUGAAGAAGAUCACCAUCUUGGAUACCAGCUGCUGUGACCAUGUCCACUGAACAUGUCAAUGAUGAUGAGGAACAAUCUGAGCAGAUUUCUGGAACUGGAAUUGUUGAAGAAAUGGCGGCGGUUACUAAACUUGUGCCACAAAUAAGAAAGGAUAUUAGUGGUGAUAGUAUAAUCGGUGAUCUGGAGUUACCUCGAGCAGUUACAGCUAGGGAAGCAGCUUCAAUCAUUGAAGAGAACUGAAGUGUCUUGUGCUAAAGAAACACUGAAAUGUCUUGUGCUGAAGAGACAACUGAAAUGAUUUCAGCAGUUUCAAGGUUAACUGAGUCUCCUGAUACUACAGAAAUAGCUACACCAGUACAGGAGAUCGAUGAAAAUGAACAAGCCCUGGUAGAAUUAAAUAAACAAACACAGGUAAUGUUGCAAAUUGUUGCUGAAAGAAUUAAAUUGUCUGAUGAAAAGGGAAUUAAUGCGAGUCUGACAGAAGUAAUUGUUCAGCCAUUGUCAACUAAAGAAGAAACUGAGGAAAAGCUGAUGAUUUCAGAAGGAAUCUCCUCUACUGAAUUUCCAAAAGAUGUUCAGCUUGAAACAAUAGAGUCUCGGGCUUACAAAAUUGUUCAGAUAAUAAUCCAGAGUGCAGUUGCCCAAUUUCAGCAAGAGUUCAUGGUUCUUUCAAAGCAGAAGAGUGAAACUGCAAUUCUGUAUUCUGAUAAACCGGCAUUUUGUGAGCAAAUAAAUUUGUUGCUAGAAGAAUCAGCAGGAAGAUACACCAGAGAAGGUGCACUUCAGAUGGGUGCAUUUGGAUCCCAUCCAGAAAUGGAGGCGCCAAAAAUCUUCAUCUUGGCAUUUUCAGAAGAAAUAGAUUUGGCACUAGAAGAAUCACUAGAGAAAUGCACCAGAGACAGUGCACUCCAGAUAAGUACAUCUGACUCCCCUCCAGAAAUAGAGCUGCCAAAAUCUUCAGAAGAAGAAACUGAGGAAAAUGUGAUGCUGACAUCGGAAGGAAUACCCUCUGCUGAAUUUCCAGAAGAAUCAAAGGAAGAUGCACCAGAGAAGAUUCACUCCAGACUGAGUCUCGGGCUUAUAACUUGUGCAGAUAUAAUCCAGAAUGCAGUUGCUCAGUUUAAACAGGAGUCGCAUGUGCUCUUUCAAAGCAGAAAGAGUGAAGCUCUAAUUCUGUACCCUGAUAAAAUGGCAUUUUCAGAGAAAAUAGAUUCAGUGCUAGAAGAAUCACCAGGGAAAUGCACCAGAGAAGAUGCACUGCAGACAGAUGCAUCUGGAUCCCCUCCAGAAAUGGAAGUGCCAAAAUUUUCAUCUGAAGAACAAACCAAAGAAAUGGAGAUGCCUUCCGAAGGCAUCCCCUCUACUGAAUUCCCAGAAGAAUCAGAAGGAAGAUGCACCACAGAAGGAGCACUCCAGACAGGUGCAUCUGGAUCUCCUCCAGAAAUGGAGCAGCCAAAAUUUUCAUCUGAAGAACAAACUGAAGAAAAGGAGAUGACUUCCAAAGGCAUCCCUGUACUGAAUUCCCAGAAGAAUCAGAAGGAAGAUGCACCACAGAAGGAACACUCCAGACAGAAGAAUCAGAAGGAAGAUGCACCACAGAAGGAACACUCCAGACAGGUGCAUCUGGAUUUUCUCCCAGAAAUGGCGCUGCCAAAAUUUUCAUCUGAAGAACAAACUGAAGAAAAGGAGAUGACUUCCGAAGGCAUCCCCUCUACUGAAUUCCCAGAAGAAUCAGAAGGAAGAUGCACCACAGAAGGAACACUCCAGACAGGUGCAUCUGGAUUUUCUCCAGAAAUGGAGCAGCCAAAAUUUUCAUCUGAAGAACAAACUGAAGAAAAGGAGAUGACUUCCGAAGGCAUCCCCUCUACUGAAUUCCCAGAAGAAUCAGAAGGAAGAUGUACCACAGAAGGAGCACUCCAGACAGGUGCAUCUGGAUCUCCUCCAGAAAUGGAGCAGCCAAAAUCUUUAUCUGAAGAGGAAACUGAGGAAAAGGUGAUGACUUCAGAAUGCAUCCCCUCUACUGAAUUUCCAGAAUCAGAAGGAAAAUGCACUAGAGAAAGCGCACUCCAGAUGGAUAUAUCUGGAUCCACUCCAGAAAUAGAGCUGCCAAAAUCUUCAUCAGAAGUAGAAACUGACGAAAAGAUUAUGACUUCAGAGGGCAUCCCCUGUACUGACUUUUCAGAAGAAUCAGAAGGAAAAAGCACUAGAGAUGGUGCACUCCAAAUGAGUACAUCUGGAUCCACUCCAGAAAUAGACCUGCCAAAAUCUUCAUCAGAAAUAGAAACUGAGAAAAAGGUUAUGAUGACUUCAGAAGAAAUAUCUUCUGCUGAAUUUGCAGAAGAAUCAGCAGAAAGAUGCACCAGAGAAGAUUCACUCCAGUCAUGUACAUCUCAAUCUCCUCCAGACAUGGAGCUGCUAACAUCUUCAUCUCUGAAGAAGCUGAGCAAAAGAAUUAAAAGCGGAUGUAGUUGUUUCAACAGAGACUCAAACAUCAUGCUAGGAAGUAUUGUCUCAGGUGAUCAUCCAGUAGGCUCUCUUGAAACAGAACAAUCAACAAGAAAAGAUUUAGAAGUUGGGCUUAUAGACGAAAACCAAGAAAACUUAAUAGAACAUCAGACUCCGAGGAAGAGAAAAGAAGAUUACAGCCAAUCAACAGAAUUUCCUGAGAUGCCUAAGAGGAAGAUACCACAUCUGGUGACAGUCCUCAGCUUCAGACAAAACUCGGAAAAUUCUGAGGUGUAAGAAAAUUCUUACACUU